AUGGCUUCGCUUCUCCAAAAACUACUCAGAAACCAAUCUCCCAAUACAAUCAUCUAUACUUUUAACAAACCUCAACUACAAAAUCUCAUUCCAACGCUCUUGACUCAUCUUCACCACGAACCCCAUCUCGGAGAAACCAGACCACACCAUCCCUGCAAUGUCGAUCCAUCGAAAACAGGGGAUUCGAAUCCUCCUCAUUCGACCCCGAUCUUUCCAAGUUUCCCAAUUGGGUUUUCUUUAAACCCUAUAAUUUCAACUGGGUUCGUGCCAUCCGACGGUGGCGAUGUCGUUUACGAUGAUGCUACGACGAUCUGGGCCGAUAGUGUGAAGAAGAAGAGGAAGAGGAAGAUGAACAAGCACAAGUACAAAAAGCUGAGGAAGCGUCUCAGGAAACGCACUUAG